AUGUUCCUGUCUGCGGUCACCUUUGCCAAGAGCAAGUCAAAAACCAUUCUGGUGAAAAUGCUGAGCCAAGCUGGGACAGGUUACGCCUUCAACACUCAGAGAAGCCGACUAUGGGAGAAACUGACUCUCUUGCAUUACGAUCCACUUGUGAAAACAAAAGAAAAUGUGGAACAGAAGAAAAUACGUUCCUUCUAA